CAGGCAUAUUAACUACUGCUUAAGCACCAUUACAGUGAUUGCAAAUGUAUUGAAUACUGACUAUGGAUAUAGCGCAGAACACUGGUCAUGAAAGAAUCCUAUCAAGACGUUCUGGAAGCGGUGCGACCGCAUGUUGCUCUAUCACUUUCGCGCAGACAAACAUGCUAGACGAUUUGAAACUUCAGCAGAUUGCUACAAACACAGUUUAUGUGCACCGAUGUUCUCCUAGGCUUUGUUGGUACCCGUCAACUUCGAAUUCGUUGAUUCCAUCUCGGCGCGGAAUAACUGUUCCGCCGGCUUGGGAAGCUGCGACCCGCCAAGAGUCUAGCCGGUCGCGCACAACUCAUUUUCAAUCCUGUCCCGAGUAACUCCCCAGGGCUCACUAACGACACCAGCAAUUCGAAAUGGCGGACACCAAACCCACGACCCAGAAGUUCUCCAAGGGCGAGAGGUCGAUACCGCACCACUCGCAGAAGGCCAGCAAGUACUACCCUGCUGUGGACGUCGCCGUCGCCAAGAAGGCCCGCAAGACUGCUCGCCCCGCGAAGCCCCGUGCCUCCCUCCAGCCCGGUACCGUCGUCAUCCUCCUCGCUGGUCGCUUCCGUGGCAAGCGUGUCGUUCUUCUCAAGCACCUCCCCCAGGGUGUCCUCCUCGUCACCGGUCCCUUCAAGGUUAACGGCGUUCCUCUGCGACGAGUAAACGCCCGCUAUGUCAUCGCUACCUCCACCACCGUCGAUGUCAAGGGUAUCGAUGAGGCUGUCCUGAACAAGGCCUCUGAGGAGGGUUACUUCACCAAGGACAAGGCCGCGCACAAGCCUGGCGAGGAUGCUUUCUUCAAGCAGGGCGAGAAGCCCGAGAAGAAGGAGACCUCCAAGGACCGUGUUGAGGACCAGAAGGCCGUCGACAAGGCCCUCCUGGCCAACUUUAAGAAGGAGGCUCACCUCGUUGACUACCUCGCCUCGAGCUUCAGCCUUCGCACCUCGGACAGGCCACACCAGAUGCAGUUCUAAGUGUUGGGUCAAGACGGGAUUUGGCGUUCAGUGCAUGGGAUGAAAGAUGACCUCGGGCGCUGCAGCCGUGACAGCAGGAAUUAAUCCAGCGGCGGUCUGGCGACCAACUUUUCAUGAAGGCAGCGUUUGCAAUUCCUAUAAGCCUUGAUACAAGCGACGAAUACCAGACGAUGCGAAAGUGAUCAGAUGGCUUUGGCAACCGUGAUGUCAUCUCUCCGGCGUUACAUGGAGCAAGCAAUGGGUGGAUACUCGAUACUGAUGGCGAAAUAGAAUCUCACAUU